ACAAGCCUUCUUACGAAGUAAUUAAUAAAUAAUUACAAGAGCUAAACCCAGCUUUACUUAAAAACGUAUCUCCAAAAUCGAAACACAAUGCAGUAACAUGAUUGUGAUUAGGUUUCCGAAUAUAAAACUUGCCCAAAUUUUGUGGCUUAUCUAUUUAAAACACCUCCCUACCAUUAGCUUUGAUGCCCGCGCUUAUUUUUGAAUCACCAACACCGAAAACUUAAAAUCACAUCUACCAAAAAGGCAAUAAUAAAUCUCGGUGAACUAUUCAAAGCAACCUAUAUAAUCAGGCAAAGAUGUUAAAUUGUGUCUGAUAAAUUUUGAUUCAUUAUCGAGUUGAAAUACGGGGCUACCACUCUUUACCACAACGUUCUUGCGGCACGCCGUACGGCGCUAGAUCUCCUCAAGUAAUCCCAUUGUAAAUCUUGAUACGAACUUGCUAUAGGCCAUAUGCCAGGCCGCCUCUCGUUAUUUUAUGACAUCUCUCCGGGGAACUGCAUCCGCUACACUAAGCGAAUGGACGAUCAUGUCAAGCCACCUAAACAUGCCUAAAUUUGCUGUUAGCAAAUUUGAUCGAGCUUCCUAGCAGUGUACAACUGAUGUUAUUGAACCUAUAAGUUGAAUCGACUUGGCUAUUGUCCAGUGUGAAUAAAGAAGAUUAUUUUCCUGAAAUGAACUUCGUGCAGACGAUCGGUACGUGUAUGAGACACUUAGCGUGUAAAUGUUCAACAUUCCAGGAUGCAGAUUAAUUGUUGUCAUUUCUAUGUUCGCUGAAGGCUGGUGCUUAGAGGGGGCGCUGUACAGAAGAUCAUGUUCUAGUUUCAGGGCUUUGCAGGCCAGCACGAAGCUCUAACAUCGUGCGAAUAGCUUGUCCAGCUCUCCCAAGUUCCGUCGGAUGCGACAACUCUAAAACGCCUGUUUUGAAAGUUGUAGUAGUAGUAGUAUAGACAGCGAGGGCCGCUAUUCUGUUAAGCGCUCGUAUCUCAUUGUUAUAAUUCCCUCGCCGAGCUUCGAGCUUACGAGUUUGAGAAAUAUAUGAAUAAGAUCUCUGGUUUAAGGAGCUAUGAGGCGGCAGCUGGAUACCGUGUACAUUCGUGCCUAUGAAAUUAGACAGAAGAGCGAUCUCGGCAAUGUUCGACGACAGCACCUAUGUCCUGCCGUACAUAGGCUAUACCACUUGGAAGAUGGUUACGAAGAAGCCCAGAAAACCAAGCAUAAAAUGUUAUUCUAUAUACCGUACAGGCACGAACUAUGUGAUGAAAUAAAAAUUGUUACAAUCCUUAUAUAGACUCACAUGCAUAUGACGACGAGCAAAGAUAAUUACUCGAUGUGGAAGAAUCGCUUUGAAGUACGGAUCAGUGUUAUUGGAAAACGCUUAAUUACUGGGCUUUCAGGCUUUAAGAGCUGUGGAAUUUAAUGGCUAUCCAUAGGAACGGGCUCCUGUGAUGAACAUCCAUAUAUAUGAGCUAACUAUAUACUUGUAUGACUAAAACAUUCCUGGUUGACACAUAACUUUUCCAUAUCAAACAUUCGGAUCUAUCGCGCCUGCCGUGUGCGAUGUCCCAACGAAAAUCGGCACAAGUAUUCUGCAUCGGACCGAUGACGGCUUUUGCUGACCAUAUGGAAUGUUAUGAAUGUACGUGGGACGCUUAUCACAAGGUUGAUAGCGCGGCGAGGAAGCAGAAGCAAAAAGAACUACAGGAUUUUGGUAAAAUGAGUUAUCCUUUAAAAUGGAUGCUUCCAAAUUCAACAUUUUUCGGCAACGAGGCAAUAUCUACCUAUCCGGAAAAGGCGGAUCUAGAACGCCUAUGCUCUAAAUGUAGCCUAGGACCUAGUACCGUAUGUGUGAAGUGGAAGUUCUUCACAUCAGUCAAAAAUAAUCCACUAAAUGUAACCUGGGGCUGUGUGUCAUCGGUGGAACGAGGCUGUUUUGAGGAAAAGGCUGCAAAGGACCUAUACAAAGAGGCAAUCAGAACUCACGAGAUGAGUCCUAUUGUGGUCGGAAUUGUGAAAUGUACUUAUCGAAAAGGAACGCGUCCAUCAUUGAGCGACUCGCGGGAAAUUCAAGGCAUUUCCGUCGUUCUCGUUGGAGUAUGUUCUUCAGUACACUGGAUUACUCACGGUACCGCCACACUUUGCGCAGCUACCGGCUAGGACCACCUUCAUCUUUCACCUAAAUACAAUGCUGUUUUAAUGCAAAUCAUCACAGAGCGAUAGAAUAUCAAAUAGACAGGAGAGAGGAUGAUUUGACGAAACCUAUCUACCCAGGGACCUACUUCAACUACGUUAUAGACCACUGGAAAAUUUAAAAAAAAACAUUUGUUAAAUACC